AUGGGGCGAACAGUGAACGAAGAUUCAAUGGAUGCCAAGAAGGAGAAUCAAGAGAAAGCUCCUCACUCAGGUACAUCUUCUGUGCAAAAUGAUGAUUUCCACUGGGAAAAUUACUUGAAAGAGACUGGAUCUUCGAGUGCCCCUUCAGAGUGUUUCAGACAGUCCAAGGUUCCACCAGCUAAUGACUUCAAAGUUGGUAUGAAAUUGGAAGCCCAUGACCCUCGCAAUAUGACUUCAGUAUGUAUAGCCACGGUCAUUGGAAUUACUGGUGCCAGGCUACGUUUAAGACUGGAUGGUAGUGACAACAGAAAUGAUUUUUGGAGACUUGUCGAUUCUCCAGACAUACAGCCUAUUGGGACAUGUGAAAAGGAAGGGGACUUACUUCAGCCUCCACUGGGGUAUCAGAUGAAUGCGUCAUCUUGGCCAAUGUUCCUCUUACGAACACUGAAUGGAUCUGAAAUGGCACCUGCGACAUUCUUUAAGAAGGAACCACCAAAGCCACCUCUAAAUAAUUUUAAAGUGGGAAUGAAACUUGAAGCUAUAGACAAAAAGAACCCUUAUCUGAUCUGCCCUGCAACUAUUGGAGAUGUUAGAGGAGAUGAAGUGUAUAUCACAUUUGAUGGCUGGAGUGGAGCUUUUGAUUACUGGUGCAAGUACGAUUGUCGAGAUAUUUUCCCAGUUGGGUGGUGUCGCCUGACAGGAGAUGUAUUACAACCACCUGGAACUCAUGUGCCUGUUACAAAGAAUAUAGCAAAAACACAGUCUUCUGUUUCCAAAGCAACCCAACGUUCAAUGCAGUCUCCACAGAAAACUGCUGUAAUAUUACCAACACAGCAGAUCAGGAAAUCAGGUCGCAUUAAACCACCUGCACAGACUUCAGUCCCUAAGAAGGGAAGUGCUGUUAAAAAUCUUACACCAAGGACAAAAGGCCCAAAAAAGGAAAAAUAUUUUCCUGUUUUGUGCUCUACAUCUUCAGCUUCUAUAAAUUCCCUGGCCAGAAAGCGUCGUGUUUCAUAUGAUAAGGAUGCUGCUCCUGGCACAUCUAAAAUAGUGAUGUCAACAGUCUGUGUCUAUGUAAACAAACAUGGAAAUGCUGGCCCUCACCUGGAUCCGAAGAAAAUCCAGCAGCUGCCUGACCACUUUGGCCCGGGCCCCGUGAAUGUGGUGCUCCGGAGGACCGUGCAGGCCUGUGUGGAUUGUGCCAUUCAAAGUAAGACUGUUUUUGGAUUUCUUAAGCCAGAUCAUCGUGGAGGAGAACUGAUAACUGCUUCCUUUGAUGGGGAAACUCACUCUGUCCAGCUCCCUCCAGUGAAUAGCGCAUCAUUUGCUCUUCGCUUUCUUGAGACCUUAUGCCAUAGCUUGCAGUGUGAUAACCUUCUGAGCAGCCAGCCUUUUAGCUCUUACAGAGGUACUACUCCUAAUCCUGCAGAGCAUGAUAAAAAUAAAUCAGUAAAAGAAGACAUAACAGAAAAGAAAAGCCCCAAACGGCCUUCUCAGGAACCUAUACCUUAUGUUGUUCCUGUGUCACCUAAGCUCCCCAAAACAAAGAUGCAUGCCUCUAAAGAAGAACUACUGUCUUCUGAGGGAAAUGGCAUGCCCAAAGAGGAAAAGCUUCCUGAAGAUUCCAAAAACUCACCACUAAAUCCAGCAAAUUCUUUAAGCCCUACCAGCAGAAAUCCUGUAAGCACUCAUACUGUAGUCUCCAGGAAUUUUUCUCCAAGUGUGCCUGGCAUCUCAAGUUCAGCACUAGUGGGGACCAGAUCUACCAAGAGCAGUCACCAUGAAGUUAAAUUCCAAAUGCAGAGGAAAAGUGAAGCUCCAAGUUAUAUAGCUGUACCUGACCCCAGUGUCCUGAAACAAGGCUUCUCUAAGGACCCUUCAACCUGGUCUGUGGAUGAAGUGAUACAGUUUAUGAAACAUAAAGAUCCUCAGAUAUCAGGCCCCCUCGCCGACCUCUUCAGGCAACAUGAAAUUGAUGGGAAGGCUCUGCUACUACUCAAAAGUGAUGUGAUGAUGAAGUACAUGGGGCUGAAGCUGGGCCCAGCAUUAAAGUUAUGUUACUACAUUGAAAAACUUAAAGAAGGAAAAUACAAUUGA